AUGGUGAAAAUUAACCUAGAUAAUGUCAAGCUAUAUGCAGAACUUGACGAUAAGCCACAAUUCUCCCCAUCAAAGACAACGAUUAAAGACAUUUUAACUAAGGAAGCAUUGGAGUUUGUCGUUUUGCUUCAUAGAACCUUCAAUGGGAAACGUAAGGAAUUAUUGGAGAACAGAAACCUAAAACAGAAAAAACUGGAUGAUGGCUCUUACACUUUUGACUCCUUACCGGACUUUGAACAGAUCAGAAAUGACCCCACCUGGCAAGGUGCAAUCCCAGCGCCUGGACUGAUCAACAGAUCCUCUGAAAUCACGGGGCCUCCACAAAGAAACAUGCUUGUCAACGCUCUAAAUGCCGAGGUAACGACCUACAUGACCGAUUUUGAGGAUUCCUCCUCACCAACUUGGUUCAACAUGAUCUAUGGCCAGGUGAACUUAUUCGAUGCUAUUAGAAACCAAAUCGACUUCACCACCCCAAGAAAAGAUUACAAGUUGAAGGGUGACAUCAAAGAUUUGCCCACAUUAAUUGUCAGGCCUCGUGGGUGGCACAUGGAGGAGAAGCAUCUGUAUGUCGACGACGAACCUAUCAGCGCAUCAAUCUUCGAUUUCGGUCUCUAUUUCUUCCAUAAUGCAAAGGAGUUGAUCAAAGUUGGUAAAGGCCCCUACUUUUACCUACCCAAAAUGGAGGACCAUUUGGAGGUUAGGCUAUGGAACGAUAUUUUUUGUGUUGCUCAAGAUUUUAUCGGUAUGCCAAGAGGUACCAUUAGAGCUACGAUUCUAAUCGAGACAUUGCCAGCAGCUUUCCAAAUGGAGGAGUUUAUCUACGAGAUUAGACAACACUCCAGUGGGCUGAACUGUGGCCGUUGGGAUUAUAUCUUUUCCACCAUCAAGAAGUUGAGAAACAAACCAGAACAUGUGCUGCCAGACAGAGAUCUUGUCACAAUGACCUCUCCCUUCAUGGAUGCCUACGUCAAAAAGUUGAUCAACACCUGCCAUCGUAGAGGGGUUCAUGCCAUGGGUGGUAUGGCAGCGCAAAUCCCAAUCAAAGACGAUCCAAAGGCCAAUGAGACCGCUUUGAACAAAGUUCGCAUGGAUAAGAUCAGAGAGAUGACCAAUGGUCAUGACGGUUCCUGGGUUGCGCAUCCAGCGCUAGCCCCUAUCUGCAACGAAGUAUUCAGCAUUAUGGGUACGGCCAACCAGAUAUACAAAAUUCCUGAUGUUCAUGUUCGUACUGCCGAUUUGCUGAACACUAAAAUCGAAGGUGCCAAGGUCACUGUGGACGGGAUCAGACAAAACUUGGAUAUUGGGCUCCAGUAUAUGGAAGCAUGGCUGAGAGGUUCCGGCUGUGUUCCAAUCAACCAUUUAAUGGAGGAUGCUGCCACGGCCGAGGUUUCUCGUUGUCAAUUGUACCAAUGGGUCACGCACGGUGUAAAACUCGCCGACACUGAGGGGACUGUUACACCAGAGCUAACCACUAAAAUUCUAGACGAGCAGGUUGCCAUCCUUUCCAGCAAAUCGCCUGUCGGGGACAAGAACAAGUUUGCUCUUGCUGCCAAGUACUUUUUGCCGGAGAUUAGAGGCGAAAAGUUCAGUGACUUCCUGACGACCCUCCUCUACGAUGAAGUGAUCACGCCAACUGCAACCCCAAUAGAUUGCUCAAAACUAUGA